AUGCCUCCAGGAAAGCGCGGACCAGGUGGCGGUGCCGGGGCUAGUAGCACCAACUCCACAGCCGCCGCAACCACCACCACCUCUUCCUCCACCAACGGUGAGGAAAAGUUGACUCGCAUCGCGAUCGUGUCGGCUGACCGCUGUAAACCCCGUAAGUGCGCGCUGGAGUGCAAACGCUCUUGUCCAGUGAACCGAAUCGGUAAGUUAUGCAUCGAAGUGAUGCCAAGCUCGCCCAUUGCGCUCAUCUCCGAGUCACUCUGCAUCGGUUGUGGAAUUUGCGUGCGCAAGUGCCCGUUUGGUGCGAUUCAGAUCAUCAAUCUACCAACCGAUCUGGACUCGCAGACGACGCACCGCUACUCGGCAAACUCUUUUAAGCUGCACCGACUACCAAUGCCGCGCCCCGGCCAGGUUCUCGGGCUCGUCGGCGGCAACGGCCAAGGAAAAUCGACAGCGUUGAAAAUUCUGGCGGCGAAACUGAAACCUAACCUUGGAAACUACAAGAAUCCUCCGGACUGGCCGGAAAUACUUCGCUACUUUCGGGGAAGCGAGCUGCAAAACUAUUUCGAAAAGAUACUCCGCGAAGAGUUGCGCGCAGUGAUCAAGCCGCAAUACGUAGACCAUAUUCCGAAAGCGGUGAAAGGCAGGGUCCGCGAUCUGCUCGCGGCUCGCAACGAGACCGAGCGCCUUGCGGAGGUUAUCGAUAUGCUUGACCUGGAAGAGGUGCUCGAUCGCGACGUUUCGCAACUCUCUGGCGGUGAACUGCAGCGCUUCGCGAUAGCGAUGGUGUGCCUCCAGCGCGCCGACGCGUACAUGUUUGACGAACCCUCAUCGUACCUCGACGUGCGACAGCGUCUGCGAGCCGCCCGAGCCAUUCGCUCCCUGUGUCGUACCGACAACUACGUGCUCGUCGUCGAACAUGACCUUGCUGUGCUAGAUUAUCUCUCCGAUUACAUCUGCGUCCUAUACGGCGUGCCGGGUGCGUACGGUGUCGUGACGUAUCCGUUCUCCGUGCGGGAGGGCAUCAAUGUAUUUCUCGCGGGUUUCGUACCGACGGAAAACAUGCGAUUCCGGGAAACCGAACUUACCUUUAAGAUCGCAGAGGGUGCCGAGACGCCUGAUGCCGCUGCAGAUGCAGAGAAGCAAAGACGAUAUGGGUACCCGGCUUUUCGGAAGACGCUGGGCACCUUUGUGCUUGAUGUCGAGCGGGGAGAGUUUACUGACUCGGAAAUCGUACUUGCACUGGGACGCAAUGGCACUGGCAAAACAACCCUCAUUCGCGUUCUCGCGGGUCUGUUGCAACCCGAUCCCGAUCUAUCGGAUCCCGAGAAACACAUCGAGAUCCCGCAACUGAAUGUAUCGUACAAGCCGCAGAAGAUAUCCCCGUCGUUUGAAGGCACUGUGCAGCAGCUUCUGCACAAGCGAAUUCAGAGUGCAUACACACAUCCGCAAUUCCAAACUGACGUUUUGAAGCCGUUAUCCGUGGACAAACUCUUCGAUCAGGAAGUGAAGCACCUGUCAGGCGGUGAACUCCAACGGGUUGCGUUGGUGUUGGCGCUGGGCAAGCCCGCUGACCUGUACCUUUUGGACGAGCCGUCGGCGUAUCUGGACUCGGAGCAGCGUAUCAUCGCUGCGAAAGUGAUCAAGCGAUUUAUCCUGCACUCGAAAAAGACGGCGUUUAUUGUGGAGCACGAUUUUAUCAUGGCCACGUACCUGGCCGAUCGAGUGAUCGUCUACGAAGGCGAGCCAGCUCGCAAAGCCGUCGCUCGAUCACCGGAGCCGCUCGUGAGCGGGAUGAAUCGGUUUUUGCGCGCCCUCGAUAUCACGUUCCGCCGAGAUCCCACGAAUCUGCGACCUCGGAUAAAUAAGCAUGGCUCCGUGAAGGAUCAGGAGCAAAAGGCUAGCGGAAACUACUUUUUCGCGGACGGCGCACCGACUCCCGAUACGGAGCGCAAAGCGAAGCGAAAAGGCAAAACGCCGGGUAGUGAGCGGGCGGCUCACACCACCACCCCACGCGGCAACGACGACGAGGAAUAG